AUGGCGUCUGAUCCAUACAGCGACGCCCAAUACUGUGAUAUGGACCAGGGAUCGGCAUUGGAUGCCGAGUUGGAGAAAGUCCACUCAUUGGUUAUACGCGAAGUAAUCAGAGAUGUAUGCCUGGCGUGUCGUUUGUUGGAUCUUCCAAUUGAUCCGACAUAUUGGAAGAUAGAUCAUGUGGAGAAGUGGCUUCUUUGGACAAUACACGAGUACAACAUACCUCCUAUUAAUUUUGAUUAUUUUAAAAUGAACGGUAUUAAUCUUUGUAUGCUUUCGGAAGACGACUUUCGGGCGAGGGCGCCCCAUUGUGGCGACAUUAUACAUGCACAGUUGGAUAUUUGGAGAAUCGCAGCGAAGAUGAAUGUCAAUGAACAGCAGUCGUUCCGACAGACAACGAACGCCACGUUUUUUCAAGAUCAAGAAUAUAUGGACACAUCGAUGAGUCCAAGAUUGGAUACAUCUGGGACAGACUCGGCUAGUGAUGACGAGUCGGUACAGUCACCAGGAGCGUCUCAUGCAUCAAUGACGCCGAAUCAUACGACCAACAUCCAUCUUUGGCAGUUCUUGAAAGAGUUACUUCUACAGCCUGAACGAUACGGUGGAUGUAUACGGUGGUUAAAUAGGGAAGAAGGUAUUUUCAAAAUUGAAGAUUCCGUUGAAGUGGCCAAGCUUUGGGGUACACGCAAAAACCGACCAGCCAUGAACUACGAUAAACUUAGCCGUUCCAUCAGACAGUAUUAUAAGAAAGGAAUCAUAAAGAAAACUGACGUUUCGCAACGACUUGUUUACCAAUUUGUCAAGCCAUAG